CUGGUCAUUUUCAGGUACCCGCUGACCAAUUAUACAUUCGGGACGAAGGAUCCGCAAGCGGAACGCGAUCACUCUGUUCAAGCUCGAUUCCAGCGUAUGCGUGAGGAGUUCGAAAAGAUCGGAAUGCGCCGAUCAGUUGAGGGCGUACUGCUUGUGCACGAACACUCGUUACCGCACGUGCUUCUCCUGCAGAUCGGAACAACCUUCUUCAAAUUGUAA